AUGAAUGUUUUGCAUGCCAAAAAUCUUUUAUACUUACCAAUUAUUAAACAACUUUUUUUUUGUUCAUUUCUUAUAACUCAUACACGUCUUCAUGAUGAUGGAAUAUUAGAAAUAAAAUAUGAAAUUCUCGAUAAAUUAGGUGAAGGAUCAUUCGGAACAGUUUUUCGUGUUCGAAAUCGAGAAAACGAUCUUUUUUAUGCUAUGAAAACAAUUGGAAAAAAACCGGGAAAUAAAAUCAAAGCAUCAGUUCUUGAAAAUGAAGUGAAAUUAUUAAAAGAAGUUAAUCAUCCAAAUCUAAUUCAACUUCAUGAAGUACUCGAAUCAUCUCAAAAUUUAUAUUUAAUUGUUGAAUUGUGUGAAGGUGGAGAAUUAGGAUUACACUUGAAAAAAAUUGGUCCUUUACCCGAAGAAAUUGUCAAACAAAUUAUGUCGAAAUUAGUCAAUGCUUUGUAUUAUCUGCAUAAAAUGGAUAUUGUUCAUCGAGAUCUGAAAUUAGAAAAUAUCUUACUGAAAAAUAUUCCAACAAGUAAAACCGAUGAAUUUGAUAUUCGAGUCACAGAUUUUGGAUUAAGUUCAAAACAAAGUAUUACAAAUACAGAUUCACUUUUCAAUGAAUAUUGUGGAACUCCUCUGUACAUGGCUCCAGAAAUUUUAGAUAAUAAAAAUUAUAGCGCUCUUUGUGAUGUUUGGGCUCUAGGAAUUAUUAUGUUUUAUUUAAUUACUGGACGUCAUCCAUAUGUUGCAAAUAAUGAACGACGACUAUUAGAAUUGAUUCGCACUCAAAAACUUCGAUAUGAUUCCGAGAAAUUUAAAAAUUUAUCCUCUGAAGGGCUUGCCUUUUUACAAGGAAUGCUCGUUUAUGAUACAGUUCAUCGCCGAACAAUGGGUGAAUUAACUGUUCAUCCGUGGUUAACAGGUCGAUCAGACAAAGGAGCAACAAAAGAUAUUAUAACAAUGAUGAGAGAAUUUCAAGCUGAAAAUGAACGAAAAGAAUUGAAUACAGAAAACAAUCCUUCAACAUGUGAAGAAAAUGAUGAAGAAAUCGAUCGAUCAACGGAUGUCAGUCCACAUCAAAUAAAAUUAAAUACUUCAGAAAAAAAACCAACGUAUGAAAAACAGAAAUUUCAGUUGAAAACGAAUCGAUAUUCAUCAGAUUUGAUUAAAACACCACGACGUUCGACACACGAGUCAGAUGUACUUUCGUCAACCAAUCCAAAGUCAAGUGAUUCAUCAACCGAUUGGAAUGAAAAUCAUCAAACAAGAAUUCGUUCAAAUCCAAUUGGAUUUGAUCGUUCUCAAUCUCAUAAUGAUUUAAUCUCAUCUCCAAAAUUGUCUCGUCAACGUUUACCAUCGAAUAAUUCCCUUGGUCUGGCAACUUCCUCAUCACCAUCGAAUUCUACUCCACGUUCUUCCGCCGUUAAUACUUUAAAAAUGAUUAAAAAACCUCAUUCAAAUAAUUCCACAUCAUCUCUUCCAACAAUAUCCAAUCAUCAUGCAAAUAAAUUAUCCUAA